AUGGUUACACUUACGGAAACAAAACAGAUGCCACAAGUAGUUGAACAAGUAACACAGUCUGCUAAUGAUGAACAACAUCAAAGUCCUGCUUUUAUUCAUCAUUAUCAAACUAUUGAUGAUUCAAAUCAUCUUACACCGAGUAAUGAUGAAGAUUUAACUACUAACAAUAGUGGUGAAGAACAUAAUCAUAAUAAUAAUAAUCAUCGACAUCAACAUAAUCAAGCAAUAUGGCCUCAAAUAGAUAACGAACGUUAUGCAAAGAUAAAUGCUCGUGCUAGUAAUCCGACUAUACAUUUUGGUGAUAGUCGUCUUUGGGCUAUACCUUAUCGAUUUGGAAAACGAGCUACCUUGCCUUAUCGAUUUGGUAAACGAGCCACUAUGCCUUAUCGUUUUGGUAAACGUGCUGCAGCCAUGCAUUUCCGACUUGGAAAGAAAAAUGCUUCUUUGUAA